GCCGAGAAGACGUCUAGUAAAAUAUUUGAAGAAUAGUUUGAAUUCAAUUUAAAAAUUAAUUUAAUGGAAUAAAAUCAAACCUAUUCAGAAAACCUUAGAAAAAUAAACGGAGUGACAAUAAUUGUUGUUCCAAAAUGGAAGGAUUCCCACUUAAUGAUGAACGGGAUUGCGAAGAGCUACCAAAUAAUUGUAUCAACCAGGAAAAUGCAGAGAGCAUCGUUCAAUCGGAAAAUCCAACUAAGAUUACGGACGUAAAUCAAUUUUGUUUGGAGAAAAUCUUCAUGUACUUAGAUUUGGAGGACCUUCUCAAUGUUGCCAAUGCGAAUAAAUAUCUACAGUUUGCAACUCAUUCACCAUAUGCUCGACAAAACGCAAAGAAAACUAUCUACAUCGCGCUAGAAAAAGAUUGUUUUGGUGAAAAAUAUGGAAGUCUCAUUCAGCGCGGUAUUUCGAUUGCGAACAUCAGGAAUUCGGAGACAACAAUAUCUAUCAGAGAUUUCAAAACUGCCUUGCAAAUGCUACGCUGCUUUGGACAUAAAUUGGUCGACAUUAACUUAUUGUAUUACAACCAAUAUCCUAAUUCUCGAAGACUCAAUCGCCUCAUGAGCUACAUAAAUGUAUUUUGUGCUGAGUCGUUGACCAAAAUUGAAAUGAGCAACCUGUUCUCCCGUGUUCCUCUUGAGGAAUUCAAGAAACCUUUUACCAACGUUGAAUCAGUCGAAUUGAAGGACUCUCCGUCAGACAAUUGCAAUUUGAGAACCAUUUUCCCAAAAUUACGUCAUUUAAUUUGUUCAACUAAGUGUAAUCCUGCAUCUAUCACACCAGCGGUGCAUUUCUCAAAUUUAGAACAUUUGGAAUUUGGUAAUUUUCAUGCAAAAGUUAUAGAUGAGAAUAAACAAGCGAUCGUUGAUAUGUUACGUUUGAACCCUCAGUUACGAAGUUUUGCAAUAGAAUUUCUUGAAUUUGAUGUUCUAAGUUUCAUUGCAAAAUAUCUUGAGUCUGUCAAAAAUUUAAAUAUUUUGACAGGAAGGGGUGAUUACAGCGGCGAUUUAAUACAGUUUCCCAAUGUUGAAUGUUUAACUGUAUAUUUUCGUUCCAAAAUGAACUUUCCUUUAUUACUAAACCAAUUGAAAGAGUUAACCAUAGAAGGCGGCUAUAAAUGGAAUGACUCUUUCAUUGACUUCAUCAAGAGACACAAAUCCAUAGAAAAAAUUACUAUUAAAACUACGCAAUUGAUCAGUUUCGAAAACAGUUUAAAACUUGUGGAAGCCUUGCCCACAUUACAAAGUAUUAAUAUCAUUCAACAUUUUGAUGGCGAGAAACUGACACUCGAUAUUAUAAUGGGAUACUUGCCCAUAUUCAGGAGUUUGCAAAGUUUUAGUUUCGAGAUUUCUGCAAAUAUUAUCUCCGAAGAUAAUAUUGGAACGUGUUUUAGCGAAGAAUGGCAUGUAACUUGCGAUGCACCUUUUUCGUUUAACCGCUUUACAUUAAGACCCAACAAAUGCAAUAAUUGGGAAAAAAACCUUUUUUUGUAUUAAUGAAAACAUUGAAAAUGAUUAAAAUUUACUCGUUUACUUAAUUUUGUUGUAAUUUAUUCAUUUAAAUCACGAAAAUAUUUAAUAGAAUAGAAGAAACAAUAAAGGGACCAACACGAAGUUCAUUUAGAAAAAA